AGCCCAGCGCCGGUGAGAUGGACAGUACCUUACCAGCAGUAGCAGAAGAGCUUCUGAAAGAGAUCAAAAAGGCUUUUCAGGAGACCUCACAUGUCCCUGAUGAGCUGCUGCUGGGGCUGAAGUUCAUAUUUGGCCCAUCUGCUGUCCCAGCUUUGGAUUUGGUGGAUCAACGUUCCGUCACCCGAGUCACGUCGCCCAGUGGAAGGACACUGUACCAGGUCCUUGGGAGCUCAGGCAAACUCUACACCUGCUACAGCUCCUGCCACUUCUGCACUUGUCCUGCUUUUGGGUUUUCUGUGUUGCAGAAGAGUGAGAGCCUUUUGUGUAAACACAUCCUUGCUGUCUACCUCAGUCAGGCCAUGGGAGCCUGCCAGGAACUGAGUGUCUCUGAGGAGCAGCUCACAAGCAUCUUACUGGCUGAGGAAGAGGAUGAAGGAUGAAGGAUUUGGAUCACAUGAAGAUGUGCUUUCUGUGUCUUCUCCUGGACAUGUCACUGGCAUUUUUCAGAUCUACAAGUCUGUCAUUGUGGCUGGUAAGUUCCUUCCUGUGCUGCAACCAAGUGUGACAUUAAUGAGCAGCCUUACACUGAUACGUUAAUUAAUAAAUGUUAAGAAGCCUGUGUUGA